UCAGAAUCAUUCAAGAUGGCGGAGGAGUGGGGAAAUGCAAUCUUCGCUGCCAGGCGAAGGAACGAGGACACAACUAAGGACUCAAUCUUUACCUACACAAACAGCAACAACACCAGAGAUCCCUUUGAGGGCCCUAAUUAUCACAUUGCUCCCCGAUGGGUGUACAAUCUGUCCACAUUGUGGAUGAUCUUCGUGGUCAUAGCCUCAACCUUCACCAAUGGCCUGGUGCUUGUGGCCACUGCAAAGUUCAAGAAGCUGCGUCACCCUCUCAACUGGAUCUUAGUCAAUCUGGCUGUGGCUGAUCUCGGUGAAACGCUCAUUGCCAGCACCAUCAGUGUCAUCAACCAGAUCUUUGGCUACUUCAUCCUGGGACAUCCCAUGUGCAUCCUUGAGGGCUACACCGUCUCUGUGUGUGGUAUCACAGCCCUGUGGUCUCUGACGGUCAUCUCCUGGGAGAGAUGGGUUGUGGUUUGCAAGCCUUUUGGAAACGUUAAAUUUGAUGCCAAGUGGGCCAUUGCCGGUAUUCUCUUCUCCUGGAUAUGGUCCAUUUGCUGGUGUGCACCUCCCAUCUUCGGCUGGAGCAGGUAUUGGCCUCAUGGUCUGAAGACCUCCUGUGGGCCUGAUGUGUUCAGCGGAAGCGAGGACCCAGGUGUCCAGUCCUACAUGAUUGUGCUGAUGAUCACCUGCUGCAUUAUCCCACUUGCCAUCAUCAUCCUUUGCUACAUUGCUGUAUGGUUGGCCAUUCGUGCUGUUGCAGCACAGCAGAAGGACUCAGAGUCAACACAGAAGGCUGAGAAGGAAGUGUCCAGGAUGGUCGUGGUCAUGAUCUUUGCUUUCUGCUUAUGCUGGGGGCCGUACACCUUCUUCGCCUGUUUCGCUGCGGCAAACCCUGGAUACGCCUUCCACCCUCUAGCCGCAGCCCUCCCUGCCUACUUCGCCAAGAGCGCCACCAUCUACAACCCCAUCAUUUACGUCUUCAUGAACCGACAGUUCCGUGUCUGCAUCAUGCAGCUUUUCGGCAAGAAGGUUGAUGAUGGGUCCGAGGUGUCUUCAUCAUCCAAAACAGAGGUCUCUUCUGUUGCACCUGCAUAG